GAAAUAUUACUAAUAUUUAAAAUGGUAUAACCAAAAACAUUUAAUAAUCCUAAAAGUUUUAUAUCUGAAGAGGAAACUUUAAGAAACAUGAUGGACAUAAAUUGUUCAAAUGGAGUUUACGAACUCCUCUCUGAAUUAUGCCGGAAAACUGCUUCCUCAUAUACUUCUCAUAGCCGUACAUCACAAACUGUUCUUGCAUCUAAAAUGAGAUCCUUGUCCUACGAAAUAAUUUUGAAAAAGUCUACUUUAAGUAUUCCGAACUCACGAAACGAGCCAAUUGUCGACUUACUGUCGUAUUGUUUUGUGGCUCAAAAUAACGCAAGCAAUGUGGCGGAAUACAAAAGGUCUGUAGAAUUUAAGAAUCUAAUUAAUAAAAUAUAUAAAACUGAUUUUGAGGACUACAAAGAACAUUUCCAAAAUGUUUUGAGACUUCUCAUAUGCUUACAAAACACAAGGAAGCCAGAUUUGGAAACUGCUAUGUUUCAGAGACCUUUCUCAUUUGGAGCCCUUGAUGAUAUGUUACCAAAGCCACCAAGACAAGCAUUUGGUUCACCCCAGCCUUAUUCGUAUUAUCCUUCAUUUAUUUUUGAGUUGCCAUAUACAAUUAAAAAGGAAGCAAUGGUUCCGGAUAAUGAGAAAUCCUACACAGCAUAUACAGUAGAAAGUUUUAAUUCUAAAUCAUUUAUUCCAGAAAAAACAAAUUCUGAAGUACCAGGACUGUAUGAUAUUAAAUCUUUUAUGAGGCCAAAUUCCCUGAGAUCAUACUCAUCCACUGGCUUUGAAUCAUAUACAGAUAAUAUCUUAAAUAUUCCCAAAUUAACAGCACCAAGAGAUUUGGAGAUACCCAGCACUAUUGGAUCUUUGGGUUCUAAUGUGAAAGUAUCAUUUCCAUCUUCUAAUGCUGGUUGUACAGUAGAAGAGAUGUACAGAGCUGAUAAAAAUACUGUUGAUAUUUGGGAAAUUGCCACACAAGUAGAUAAAAAUGUACCUGCAAAUAUAUGGAAUAUUGUAUCAAAAAUGCCACUUGUGAAUGAAAGACAAAUAAUUGCUACAUCGACAAGAGAAGUUGCUUUAUGGAAAAAAGUUAAUAAAGCACAAUUACCUCAUUUAAAAGUUAUAAAUGAGAAACAAUUUAUAAGACAUAUCAAAUAUUUAAUAAUUGGCAUUGAAACAAGUUCAUUUCCAUUUAGUGAAGAAUCAAAUUGCUUUUAUAUGAAAGAAAAUUUAGUACUUGAAGGAAUUUCAAAGGAACGCCUAAAGGGUUAUGUCUCGGAUUUGCUUGUCGUUGGAACUUAUUACAAAAGGUUAAGUCAGUUUGCGUUCAACCAAACUGUUGAUGAUAACUUUCAAAGCAAAGGACUUGUUCAUGAGGCUGCACGUGAAGUGAUCAGAAGAUAUCUGUUAGACUUUCGUCUGUUAGCUACGGAGGUGUAUGAAGAUUGUAAAGACAUGUCAGAGGAGUUGAAUUGUAUGCCGACAUUAUUGGAUAUUUUACAUCACAUUGAGCCAUUAAAAUACGAGAUUGAAACUAUCGCUUCCAUUUAUAAAAUGAUUGAUUCAGAAACAAAAUCAACAAUUCCUUAUGGCGCUGAACUAAUGUCAUAUUUGUUCAAUGAAAUAUCACUUGACUUGACUCACAAAACUACCGCAUUGACAUUAUUCAAUUCACUAUUCACUGUCUGCAAAGUUUACUUUAAAUUUAUAGAAAGAUUUAUAUUUGAAGGUGAACUGGACGAUAGAUUCAAUGAAUUCUUUAUUAAAAAAGACAAUCAAUAUGUUAAUUUGCGAUCUAAACGUUACUGGGAUAAAGGUUUUUAUAUAACACUAAGUGUGGCUGUGCCAGACUUUCUGCGAUCACUUGCCAAGUAUAUACUGCUGUGUGGAAAGUCUUUAAGAUUAUUAAAACUGUGCAAUCCUAGUGAUCCUCUAGUUGUCCUCAUAUCAUCUGAUCACCCCACAGUGAAAUGUUGUGCCAGUUUUGAAGAGUUGGAGCGUCAACAGCAAGUUCUAGAUGUAUACAGAACGAGAUGUCUGUUUGUCAGCGGGGAACCGGUCACAUUCGAUCAGAUUCUACUAAAGAAAGAAGCUGAAAGGAAAGCUUUCACGGAAAUGGCGUCGUUGAAACAAGCAGAAACUAUGGAAAAGAUUAUAGCGGAACGUAAAAGAUUAGCACAAUUAAUAAUAGCAGAAAAACAACAUUCACUGAGAGUGCUCGAAGCUGCAAUGGCGGAGGCUAAAGCCGCCAAGAAUAAAGCGAAACAGCGCGAAAGGAAACGAUAUGAAUUGGAAGAAGCCUUGGAAAAGGCCACAGAAGAAGUUGAUUCCAAGUUGAAGGAUGAUGAAAGGAAUAAAAUAAUGGAAUAUUAUUCGAAAUUAAACAUGGAAGUGGAAAAGAGCAAAUUACACACGGAAUGGAAAAUAAAAAGACUUCAAUUAGAUCAAAGCAGAAUUCAAUUACUCUCUACAGAAGAGAGGAAUUUAAAGAGAGAGAAAUUAGAACUUGAACAUAAAAGAAAUGGUGAAAUUAUGGAGAUGUCUAUUGAAAGUCUAGAUUUAAAAUCUGAAAAUACUGAAUCUGGACAAAGCGACAACAAUCAGUUGGAAUUUAAAACACCGGAUUCAAUGCGAUCUAUGGAAAUAAACGAAAACGAAUGUAGUUCGAAUACCAUAGAUAAUAAUCAAAAUGUAGAUAAUACGAAAAAAGCAAACGUCUUGAAUAUAAAUAAAACAGAUUUAGAAGAUAAAUGUGAUAAUAAAAAAGCAUUAGAUUCUCAAGGCAAUAUAUUAAAUGUCGACAGUGAAAAUAAUAGAGACAGGAGAGACUUUACUACAUCUAGUAAUAUUAUUGGUGGUAAAUUAGAUUCUGCGAUAGAUAAUAAAACAUUUAUGAAUAUGAGAGAGGAAGCUUUGAAAAAUAAACAAAAAGUAAUGUGUCACGAAUUUUGUCAAACUGAUGACGAAAAUAAUGAAAUGAAUUUACCCAUUAUUCAGUUAACUUCGGUUGAUGAGGAAAAUAAUGAUUUGUCAGCAUUUUCGGAAGCGAAAAGGAAUAAAUUGAAAGUAUUAGGAACGGAAUUUGGUAUGGAUGAAAAGAUCAAAGAAGCAAUAGUACCGAAAACGGACGCACAGAAAGAAGCUUUGAUAAAUAAACGGAAAGUUUUAGGUGUCGAAUAUAAUCUUCCUUUAGAAAAUAUACAUAAAAAAGAACCAGCUAAUGUGGCUCAGGAGGAGGCGGUACAGAAUAGAAAUAAGAUAUUAGCAUCAGAAUAUAAUACGAGAUUAGUAAAAAUAAGUAAUCAAGAAAGUGGUAGAAAAGCAAAAUUGACUUUAAAUUUGAAGCCAUUUGUUGAAAGUUCAGAUCAUUUAGCACCUAAUACUGGAACUAUCACACCAGGGGAUUUUUUUCCACAGCUCGAUCUUGAAACACCAACAACUGGAGAUGUGCCAUUAGACAGUGGCUUGACUUGUGAUAUAUUUACACCGAGAAGUGAUGGAAAAGAUAUAGAUUCAGUCAAAGUUAAAUGUGAUAAAGAUUAUUUAACUUCGGAAGGAUUUGAUUUUUCAAUAAUAGUUGAUGAAGAGACGGCAGCAUCAGAAGAUACAACUGAUGUAGCCAUAGAAGAGACAUCAGAUAUUUCCCCAUCUAAAGUAUUAGAUAAUUCUAUAAUAAAUAUAAAGAACAAAUACUCAUUUUACAACUUUAUAGAUGGAUCUUACAAUUUUGAUACAUUUGACCCAUUUGGAGUUAAAAAUUUACAAAAUUAUUCCAAAAAUUAUUUUUCAAAUGAAAUGAAUAAAAAUGUUAAACAAUCAUUUUACACCGAUCCAGCCAUUAUUAUGGAAGAAGUGAAGAAAAAACCCUUUCAUAACAUAUUUGUAUCUAAUUUUAUAUCAGGCGAGGAAAAGGAAUCGAAAAUAUCGACUAAUAAUAUAGCAACACUGACAGCUUGUCUCCAAAGAUCUGUAAUGUUGCCAUUAACCUAUCAAUUAGAAGUUGUUAAUAAUUCUAUUUUAACACAUUUUCUUGUUAAUUUGGAUAUGUACGAACAUUUGAGAAGUUUGAAGGACUACUUCUUUUUAAUGGACGGGGAAUUUUCUAGAAGUAUUUGUCACAAUCUUUUUACAAAAUUAACUAAAACGUUGAAUCCUCAAGAGUUAUUGAAUUUUGCAACACUACAUAAUAUACUUGAUAAAGCUUUGGGAUCUUCUAUAUCACAUGUGCACAAAUUCUCAGAGAAUCUAUCAUUUACUAUUGCUGAGUCACCGCUCAGUUUCCAGCACAGCUCACCAGAUGUACUGCAAUGUCUCUCUCUCACAUAUACCGUCAGUUGGCCGCUCAAUAUCAUACUGUCUCAGGAAGCUUUGCUCCGAUAUGCUAAAGUAUUUCAGUUCCUAGUCAAAAUGAGACGAGUUUUCUGGGUAUUGAGUGAAGAUUUUGAGUCUCUUAAACUAUCUGCGAAAUUAUCACGGGAACAUUCUAGAAAAUUGUUAAGAUCACCUCAAUAUAUAUCUAUACAGAUAUAUCGCCAUGUUAUGGCUUCACUUAUAAGAGCUCUAGACAAUUAUAUUGUCACAACUUGCAUUUUAACUUCGUGGACUGAAUUUGAAAAUGAUUUGAAAAAAGCAAGGACUUUGGAUGAUCUUUAUGAAUGUCAUGUCGUUUAUAUAAAGAAGGUGUUAUUUAGAUGUCUACUAAAUAACAGAUCAACUCCAGUUAUGAAACUAUUGAAUGAUAUAUUUACUGUUAUUCUGAAGUUCAGUCGAGUACUAAAAGCUGGUGAAUGGCAACAGAAUGAAUUCAAUGGAUCCUUUACGCAUACAAAUUACAUACAACUAGAAGAACUUUACCAUUUAUUUGAAAAGUUGGCCAAAUAUCUUCAUAAAGUGGUAACAAAAUUAAUGGAAUGUGGAUAUCAACGUCAUUUAGUAGAAUUACUAACUAUGGUCAAUUUGAACGGAUACUAUGAUCCUGAAAAAUCUAAGGAAGAUAAUACAAAUGCAACUACUAAUUAAAUAUAUUCAUUAACUAGCUUUUGCACGCGAUUUCGUUCUCGUGGAAU